AUGUUCCAGAGGUAUCGGACGCACCUGAAGCUCGGCCAAACUUUUAGCCACGAGACACAAACGCUACGGCCCCCGGCUGUGAACGAGUGGUUGAAAAAACUCGAUUCGCUUGUCAGACAGGCCGCCGAUGUUGCAGAGCAGUGUUGCAUACGCUUACCGACUAAUAAUGUGAUUUCUCGCUACCGCAUGAGCUUGAGGAUACGGGAAAUCAUUGCAAGCGUUGAAGAGCAUCUGAAGCAGGUUGCUUUGAUUGGUAUAACGACCAUGCUUGCCAGCAAUGAGGAGCUCGGGCGAGGUCUCCAACGUAUUGAACAAAAAUUGGACGAUCUCGGCACUGCAGCCACCUCGUCGAAUUAUCCAACAGCAACACAGAGGUUUCAGCCAGUGAACGAACCCCUUAUUGUGGGACAAGAUGAUGUGUUUUCUAAGCUGCGGGAGAAAUUAAUAGAUGAAGGGGAAGGGCUAACUUGCCUGGGAGUGGUUGCCAUGGGCGGAGCUGGCAAAACUCUGCUUUUGAAAACUGUGUUCAAUAGUAAAGAGGUGCAGGAUAGUUUUAAGCAGGAUCUGGUGCUUUGGCUCACGGUGUCACAUAAUCCUUCUCUUUCUGCUCUCGCCCGUCACCUUGGAAGGCAAAUUGCUCUGCAAAUCAAUCAGCUGUUUGAUGAAGGAGGCGGCCAAGACGAUUAUGUGAAGCGGUGGAUCUAUGAAAAGAUGAAAAGCAGGAGGUUUUUGCUGUUCCUGGACGAUGAUUGGGAAAACAGCAGCGACGGUUUGCUGGAGCCUGGAGGCGUUGGGCGUGCCGGUUGUAACGGUCGGCACCUGCAAACUGGUAGUGAGCGCCAGGGACAGAAAAGUUUUGGGAAAAUUAGGAACAAGCUUAAUCCGGAUGUGGAGAACAAGCUUUACAACCGUUUGAGGCUCAGCUACGAUGCUCUGGCCAGGUACAAUCCUCAUCUACAACUGUGCUAUCUUUACAUAGGUGCCUUUAAGGAAGAUGAAUUUAUGUAUGUGGAGGAUCUCAUUAACUUGUGGAUUGGGGAAGGACUAGUUACAACCAAUCGCCCAGGUUACGAUCCCUUGGAAAUUGGGCGGGCUCAAGUAAAUGUGCUCUUAGAUCGUUGUCUAAUCGAGGGCAGCGUAAUGGAUGCGGACGGGCAGGUUAUGGUAUGUUCCAUGCACGAUGUGCUGCAUGAUUUAGCUCUGCAGAUAGCGGAGUUGGAAGAGAAUUGUUUGUACAGGGCGGGCAAAAACCUACAGUUGUUUCCAGAAAAUGAGUGCAAGGGGCAAAGCAGGAUUUCCUUGAUGGAGAACAAUUUUGCCUCUGUUCCGGAUUCAUUCGAGGGUGGACAAGUCCUUUCCAUGCUGCUGUCCGAGAACAAGAACCUCACAAUUUUUUCUGCGCGAGCCAUGGCCACAAUGACUCGGGUUCGAGUUCUGGACCUUGGAGGCACGUCAAUUCAGGAGCUACCUUCCAGCUUUGGACGCAUGAAACAGCUUGUUUGCUUGCGGUUGGCCCGCCUGCCAAUUAACAAAUUGCCUGAAAGCAUCACCGAGCUAAACAAGCUUCAGAUCCUGGAUCUUUCCACCUGCAAUCAACUGGAAUGCUUGCCCUCGGGGAUUGGUAAACUUGUCUCUUUGAAGUACUUGGACUUCUGCUACUGUCAGCGUCUGCAGUCUUUACCCUCUGGGAUUUCCAGGCUUCUGUCUCUUCAGUAUUUGCGAUCGGAAGGAUGUUGA